AUGACAAUGAAUCCGGCUACAAAGCAAAAAAUUGCAAUUAUUUUAAACGUGAGCAAAACUGUAUUUCAUUGGGGAUUUAUUCCUGCUAUAUUAUUUUUAGGUUAGUUUUUCUUCUCUCAUUUAAUAAUCUCAAAUUAUUAGUUAUAUCAAAUUAUAAUUUAAUGAAAGCGAAUUUAUAGUUUUUUAAUAAAUUUAAUUUGUGUCAAGUACACAAGUCACUGACAAAUUAACUGGAUUUUUAGGAUUUAGAAAAGGUGCUGAUCCAGGCAUGCCUCAAUUAUCACUUAUAAAGUAAGUUUUUAUAUAAAUUAUAUAUAAAUUAUAUUAUAAAUUCUGGUAACAAUUGAACAUGGAUAAUUUUGUAUUUCAGCUUAUUAUGGCAAUAAAAAUAGCUGCUUCAAUGUUUUAUCUUAUUUAUGAAGAUAUUUUCAUUUCUUUAUUUCCAUUAAAUUCAAUGUAUAUUUAUUUAUGUACUAAUUGUUACAGCUAAAAUUAUUAAUAGGAGAAUGCUACUUUAAUGUUGAGUUGAACAAAAUAAAAAUUUGAAUUACAAUGUACCUAUUAUAUAAUGAAAAAUAAAAGAAGAGCAGGAUUAUAUACAGAAGUAUUUUUUGUUAUACACAUAAAUUUGCUGUUCUCUGUAGCAUUUUAAUUUAAUGUACAAAAGUAUUUUUUACUUUUAGCUAAACUAUAUUUUUAAUCCAUUUUAUUUAUAUGCUAAAGACUAAAAGUUAAUUAAAGUUUUAAUGAAAUCUAAAUACCUUUUAAAUGAGUUUUAAAAGGUAUUUGUUCCUAAAUUAGAAACACGUGCUUUUUGAAAAAUUUAUACAUUAUUUAUACAUUAAAUAAAUGAUGUAUUAAAUAUUUUAGUCUUUUUCAUUAUUAUUUUAAAUUGUAUCCUUACAUUAUUAUUUUAAUUGUAUCCUUAAAUUGUAUCCUUACAUUAUUAUUUUAAUUGUAUCCUUAAAUUGUAUCCUUAUUCUUAUUUAAUCCAUUUAAAAAUGUAAUUAGAUGAAACAGCAGUAAUAUAGAUGAAACUUAUAAAUGUAAAUGUUAAUAAUUACAAAUUAAAUUACACAGAAAAUACAAUUAACAAUUAAUUAAGAUUUUUAUAGACUAAUUUUUCGUAAUCAAUACAUCCACAUUUUAAAAUAA